UAUAUAAACCCCCACAUCCCACCCCACAUCCAUACUCAGCUAGCUUUCUCUUCACUUGUCACACAAACUUAAUUUUUAGUUUUGCAUUGCCCAUCCCAUUUUCAUACAUAUAUAGCUUUCCUUUCAUUUGUGAAACACAAACACAACCUUUUGCAUUCAGUAAUCCCAUCAAAUCUCUCUCUCAUUCACUAUGGAGGUUUGCCACAUUCUCCUUCUAACUUUUCCAACGCAAGGCGUCAUCAAUCCAUCAAUCCAAUUAGCCAAGAACCUCAUACGAAUGGGUGUUAAGGUUACCAUCCUCACAAGUCUCUCCGCUAUCCAUCGCAUGACCAAACCCAACAGCACAAUCCCAAAAGGCUUCACCUUGUCUGCCUUCUCUGAUGGCUAUGAUGACGGGUUCAAAGAAGGGCAAAACCGCGAACACUUCCUGUGUGAGUUUAAAAAACGAGGUUCGAAGGCCAUAGCGGAACUCAUCAAGGCCAGUGAUGAAGAAGGCUAUCCAGUAAAUUGUUUGGUCUACACUAUGAAUCAACCAUGGGUUGUUGAAGUUGCUCAUGGUUAUCGCAUCCCAUCUGCAGUUCUAUGGACACAACCAGCCACAAUUUUUGAUAUCUUCCACUAUUACUUCAAUGACUAUAGUGACGCCAUUAGAAAAAUUGUCAAUGACCCUUCAAGCUCCAUUCAGUUGCCUGGUUUGCCAUUGCUCACUAGCCAUGACCUUCCCUCCUUUCUAGUCCCUCCACACUCAGACAAGUACAGCUGGGGACUUCUAUCAUUUAAAGAGCAGCAAGAUGUGCUUAGUGCCGAAGCCAACCCAAUAAUACUUGUUAACACAUUCGAUGCAAUAGAACCAGAAGCCUUAAGAGCGAUUGAGAAGUUCAAUUUGAUCGCAAUAGGACCACUAAUAGUCUCUUCUGAUGCUUCCUUUAGAGGAGACCUCUUUCAAAGAUCACUUGGUUAUGUUGAGUGGUUAAAUUCGAAGGCCGAAUCAUCUGUUGUUUACGUAUCAUUUGGAAGCAUAGCUGUGUUGUCGAAGCAACAAAUGGAGGAGGUUGCACAUGGGUUGUUGGAAAGCCAUAGGCCAUUUAUGUGGGUGAUGAGAGCAAAAGAAAAUGGUGAGAGAGAGGAAGAUAAAUUGAGCUGCUUAGAAGAAUUGGGACAAGAAGGAUUGAUAGUGCCAUGGUGUUCUCAAGUGGAGGUUCUAUCACACCCAUCAGUGGGAUGUUUUUUAAGUCAUUGUGGGUGGAAUUCUUCGCUGGAGAGUUUGGUUUCUGGGGUUCCAGUGGUGGGGUUUCCACAGUUGAUAGAUCAAAUGACGAAUGCAAAGCUUAUCCAAGAUGUUUGGAAGAUGGGGGUGAGAGUGCUGGCAAAUGAAGAAGAGAUGGUGGACAGGGAGGAGAUCAGGAGGGGCAUAGAGAUGGUGAUGGGAGGAGGAGAGAGGGAGAGAGAAAUGAGGGGAAACGCGAAGAAAUGGAAGGAAUUGGCAUGGGAAGCUAUGAAGGAUGGUGGAUCAUUAGAUAUGAAUCUUAAGGCUUUUGUGGAUGGACUUGGACAUGGUCAUUAGUACCUAGGAUUAAACUUUAUUCAUGAAAAUGAAAAUGGUGCAUUUGAAAGAAAUUAUAAUGAUUUUGGUUGUAACUAUGUCAAAUUAAGUAUAAGAAAUAAUAUAUUAGUUUAUAAUGGAAAUAUGUCAUCUUUCUACUUUUCUUGUUCCAAA